GCAUUCUCAAAACUGGCUUGUGUCCACUUCUGAUCCGAAAGCACCAUGGCUGGCUCUCGUUGCUUGGUGCUCUCUUUGCUGUUCUUCACUUUCAACUUGCAGGGCUGCGAUGCCAGCCAGAUGAAAAUGUUGAGCGUUUUCGUCGUGGUCUGUGGGGUCAUGGCCACUUGUGGAACACUCAUCAUGGGAUGCUUGGCUAUGAGCCAGCCCCCGGGCCGGGCGAAAAGAACCUGCCUCACGUUAGGUUUACCAGGCUUCCUGGCCAUGGUGGUGAUUUGGGUGGGCUUCGGUCUGUUGGCAGCCCACAUGAACUGUAAGACCUUCAGAGACUAUGAACCUGAGAGUUGCGAAUGGUUGGAGCCUCCUCCAGGUGGAUUCGCGCUGGAGGACUGUUGCGUAUCCGUGCCUACUACGGCAAGUCCUGAUGAAAGAUGACCUGAAAUUGCAGAAAUUGGAAGAAACCCCAUGUUUCACCCGAAGUGAUUUCAUCUGAGAAUUCUGGCUAAAUAUGCCAUUUUGUCUCUGCUGUCAUG